UCAAUAAAUGAAAGAGCAAACAUGAAAAAAGUUUCAAACAUCUAUCUUGAAUUUUGAACAAUAAGUAUUUUGAAUAAUGAAAAAUUCCUCAAAAAUUCACUUAAUAUGAAAUGGAGUAACUAGCAGAGAAGAGUGUUGUUUACACUUUCCAAGACCACCAUCUACAUUAAUCUCUCACUAUUUAGCUUCAAAUGUUGAUCCACAAAAAAAAUGAGAAAAAUAGAUCUCAAUGAGUUAUUUUUAAAUUUCUAUAUGUUAUUUCUGCAGAGACAAAUGAAUGGGGUGUCUCUAGGUGAGUCUCAUGGCAGACCAGAUACCGGGACAAAGACGUUGAGGAAGUGCAAUGAUGGUGAAGGAGCUGAUCAUGUUAUUCCGAUUGAUGUUGACUUGAGUGAAAGUCUUAGUAAUAUUAUUUUUAUCGAGGUCCCUGAAUCGACACACAAGAAGUUUCGAGGUAACAUAAUCUUCAUGAUGAUGAUGAAAGCAAUGAGAACUGUAUUACUACCCAAAGAGAAAGGAUCAAGGAGACCUCUGAAUAUAAAAAGGCAUUAGAGGAAGAAUUGGCGUCUAGGCAAAAAGCGUUGGCGAUUCAGGUAGAAGAAGCCAAGAAGUUGAAGCUGAUGAUGAGAAGAAAGAAGGCUGAAAGUAUGCGAUUAUUAGAAGUGGAGAAGAGACAAAAGCAGCGCGUGCAGGAAAUGAGAGAAACUCAAAAGAAGGACGUAGAGAAUAUGAGCUUGAAGGAGCAGCUACGAGUUGAAGUUCAGAAGGAACUCAGUAAGAUUGAAAUGACAUGUCAUAAUAUGGCAUCGGUGUUGUGUGGAUUGGGAAUCACUGUUGGUGAUGGCACUAGUCAUGAGGUGCGCGUUGCUUACAAAAAAGCAUUGCUGAAAUUUCACACUGAUACUUCACAAUCUGAUAUACGACAGCAAGUUGAAGCUGAGGAGAAAUUUAAGCUUAUUUCUCGAAUGAAGGAUAAAUACGUACCAACCUUAUGACUUUAACAUUAGGAGAUAUAAAUGUAGUUUAUUCUCAAGAAAAAAAUUACAUAAAUAGAUCAACAUUCUAUUGCAUUUGAGACUUUAACUCAAUUUUCUAUCCAUAUUUCUCCCUUCACAUGUGCAGGGCAACUUGGACAAGCUAAAAUUCAGCUGUAUUAUUUGCAAUCUGCUGGGACUUAAAAAUAAGCAACGAGUUGCAUCACCGCAUCGUUUUUCUGACUAUUUUUCCAUUAAGUUUAUUGUAACAAACCUGAAUUCCUCACUAUAUUAACAAGACUAGGACACGAUUACAACUUUAGAAUUGCAAUUGCAAUAUUUAAACUACUGAAUUACAGUGAAAAUAUUGAAAUUACAAGUAACUAAAGGAUAUAGCUAAGAAUGGAGAUGAGAGGAAUCAGACUCUUUGCUCAAUAAUAUGCAUAAUACUUCUUUCUAAACCAUAGUCCCAUUAACUAGUUGUACUUAAUAGGCCAAAUCAACCUUCGGGGAGGCGUUUUGGUCCUAUUACUUCUUCUUAGCCCAAUAACUGAUUCUGUGACAUCCAUGUUCAUAUUGGGCUGGGGUUGAUUCAUAACAUUAACUGUUCCCACAAAUAAUAUAUCGUUAUGAUAAGUGACUUUAUGUAAUGAUUAAUUUAGUGUGACCACAUGAUUACCUUUUCUUUUACUUUUCAUCUUACCCUUAGUGGUUAACGUCUUACUAAAAGUCCAAUGUAUAUCUAAAAAAAGAAACAACUGGCAAAAUGUACAUCUUCAUA